AUGCUGCAGGCCAAAGACAUAGAUCUUAUCGGAGUUAUUGAUUUAGUUAAAGAAAAAAUACAACACUUAGAAACAUGUAGAAGUGACAUAGAAUUUUCCACUGUCCUUAACGAAGUUGAAGAGUUCAAAAAGUCUUCAAUUAACGAAUGUGAAUAUUUUAAGCCGAUUCCACAUAAUCGAAUAAGACGGGUACCACGUAAAGCUGACGAAAUAGCUGUAGACGAAGUUAUUGAAGACCCAUUGCAAAAUUAUAAAAUUAAAACAUAUUUUAUAGCAUUUGAUACGGCUAUUACUCAGAUAAAAGAAAGGUUCAAUGAAAUAUCCAGUGGUUUAUUUAAGGAUCUGUCAUUAUUUUCUCGACGUCGCAUGGAAGAAAUAUCUAAUGAUCUCAAUAAAUUGCCAGUUGAUGCAUUUAAAGUAUUUUCUGAUACGUAUAGUAAAUUUGUUGAUAGAGAAGAUUUAAAAAGAGAAUAUGUACAAUUCAUAAAAUGUUAUUUUAAUUUUGAAAAAGUUAAACUAAUUCCAACCCGUCUUCAUGAUUCUCAAUCAGACACCGAAGAUGAAUCUAUUGACCAUUUACAAAGCUACUUGGAAGAUUCUCAGAGCACUCAAGAACCAGUAGAAUAUUUUACUAUCCCCAAGCUUCCUUUAAAUGGAUGCAGUUUAUUAACAGUAUUAAAGGUUGUUAAAAUAAGUGGUUUACAGUCUGUAUUUCCUGUCCUAAGCAUAGCUUUGAAAAUUGCUGUAACAUUACCAGUUGCUAGUACUACACCAGAAAGAACUUUUUAA